GGCCAAUUCUCACUAUCAUUUCUGGUCCCUCAUUUCCGGUCCUUCCUAUUUUACCUUCCCCGGAAAAAAAAAAAGUCGGCGGUGCGGUCACUUAGAGCCUUCAGUUCCCUUCGGGGUUUGCCUUCCCUGAGGUCGGGGAGCUCCUGGGCUGUAGCUCCGCGGCCCGAGGGCGGCGCCCUCACUUGACCAUGGACGGCCUUAGCAAGAUUUCGCCAAGCUCAACUGGAAGAGGGAAAAAUGAAGGAACGAAGACCCUUCCUUGCCUCGGAAUGUACUGAGCUGCCCAAAGCUGAGAAGUGGAGACGACAGAUUAUUGGAGAGAUCUCUAAAAAAGUGGCUCAAAUUCAGAAUGCUGGUUUAGGUGAAUUCCGAAUUCGUGACCUGAAUGAUGAAAUUAACAAGCUUCUAAGAGAGAAAGGACACUGGGAGAUCCGGAUAAAGGAGCUGGGUGGUCCUGAUUAUGGAAAAGUUGGCCCUAAAAUGCUGGAUCAUGAAGGGAAAGAAGUCCCAGGAAAUCGAGGUUAUAAAUACUUUGGAGCAGCAAAAGAUUUGCCUGGUGUUAGAGAGCUUUUUGAAAAAGAACCUCUUCCUCCUCCAAGAAAGACUCGUGCUGAGCUCAUGAAGGCGAUCGAUUUUGAAUACUAUGGUUACCUAGAUGAAGAUGAUGGUGUUAUUGUGCCUUUGGAACAGGAAUAUGAAAAGAAACUCAGAGCUGAAUUAGUGGAAAAAUGGAAAGCAGAGAGAGAGGCCCGGCUUGCAAGAGGAGAAAAGGAAGAGGAGGAGGAAGAAGAGGAAGAGAUCAACAUCUAUGCUGUCACAGAGGAGGAGUCUGAUGAGGAAGGCAGCCAGGAAAAAGGAGGGGAAGACGGGCAGCAGAAGUUCAUUGCUCAUGUUCCUGUGCCGUCACAGCAAGAGAUUGAGGAGGCACUUGUGCGAAGGAAGAAGAUGGAACUCCUCCAGAAGUAUGCAAGUGAGACCCUGCAGGCCCAGAGUGAAGAGGCCAGAAGACUCCUGGGAUAUUAGGGCCAAGUGAGAGCUAUCCUUAGGGUCUGGAAAUCGCCUGGGAGUCCUUCACCCCCAGCUCACACUUGUCUUAACCCAGAGAGCUCUGUUGUCUUGGGACUUCAGACUGGCAGGCUAGUGCUGUGAGGCUUCCUGCUAUUUCUUACUGUUUAUUCUCCUCUUACCUUUCCUUACCUCAUCUGCUGAUCUCAGAAGAGGAGUCUGCCCCAUCCCUCCCUGACAGACUAUCUACAUGCUAAACACUUCAGCCAUCACCUUUGUACAAAUGUUUUGCUACUGUAUCAACCCACUUAUUUUUAUCUUCAGUGUGCAACACAGGCUGCUAACUGGCUGUCUGUAAGUGUUUUAUUUAGCCUUCUACUGUCAUUUGGUAGGAGGAGGAUCAAUUAGU